CCGGCAUCCUGCGGCACACCAAGUCUGGCCACGACCCCAUCCGUGCUUUCGGCACCAGCGGAUGGCUGCACGCAUGCACGCAAAUAGAGACGACCCAGCCCCCUCAGCCAAUCAUGGCGGACCAGAGUGUGGCGCCCUUGGCCAGCGAGGUCAAUGAGCCGUAGAUUCACUACAUCGAGAUGGACAAGACUAUACGCCCGCAUGCGCCUACUGCUGUUUCUGGGCGUUGUACACUACGGCUUCUCUUUCCGUGGCUUGCGUAAUGCUCGCACGUGUCCCACCAACACCAUUGUACCACCGAAGGAUCAUCAUUCAAGUGGUGCGCCAGACGUCAUUCAACCACAUUGCGCAACGCGUGUCUGCGAACUAUCAACAAACGUCUCGCCCGCAUCUGAAACACGGGAUCUGCUCGUCUAGAAAAUCUUCAAGGUGCUCGGCCCGCUCACAUCUAUCGAUAUCGUGCGCGCAGCCUCAACUUCUAACCUCCAGCACUGGAUUGACCCUGAAGAUCGUCAUCUUUUCCAUGCGCGCUUGUGGGUGGAGCUGCCCCACCAGCCUUGGAACAAGUGGGCGCGAACGCGUAACCGCACGUUUGGCCAACAUCAACAAACUGACCCUUCAUCUACCUUGCAACAUUUACCGUCAGCUUACCCUGAGUAAACAUUCUAUAGACACGGCGCAUUCUUGUACAAUACUUCCAGAUCGAAGCUUCGCGAAACGACUAAACGUGCCUCACAAUAGGCUGUAUGCAAUCUCGUCAAUUUGUUUCAUCAUCUUCAUUCUUUAUUUCUUCCAAAACAAAUCGCAAAUACAUUCUAUUUCUGGUCUCUGUUGUUCACUUUCUCGGUCCGUGGCUUGUGAAGAUACAUCGUUGCAUCCAAUCUUACGAUUCCUUUCCAGGUCAGGAUGUGGAUGAUCGGUUGACGUUGCACAUAUUCUCACGACUUUCAAAGAACUCCGACUGUUAAUAUGGCCGGACGCUAGACACAAGUACAGACUUUGGUUGUCUCUACUAAAGAUAUUCAAAGUUGUACAGAAAAGCCUAAUAGCGCAUGAGCUCAUAUGGUUCAAGCGUAUGGGUUCAGGACGCCCCGUCGGCACACUACCCAAUUCUCAAGACUAUUCUGGUUACUUGUACUUGGUUGUUGUGUACCACGUUGUGGCAAGUGGAGAAAGUGAAGAACACACAUGGA